AUGGAGGACUCAUUCUCACAUGGCCAGGUCGUGAUCGUCGGGGCCGGACCUUCGGGCCUGCUCCUGGCGCUGUUGCUUUCCAAGCACGGCAUCCCCGUUCAGAUCCUCGAGGCCCAGGACCACCUCGACCAGCAACCGCGCGCGGCCCACUACGGACCGGCCGCGAUCCCGGAACUGAGGCGAGCGGGGGUCCUGGACGAGAUCCGACGCCGCGGCAUGUCGAUAACCACCUUCGUCUGGCGUCGCUUUGAAGACCACAGCUCCAUCACCGGCUUCGACGCCGGUGUGCUCUCCGACGUCGACGGCCAGGACCUCAGGCCCGCGUGCCUCGUCCUCCAAGACCUGGACCAGCUGAUGCUCGACGAGUUCCUGCAGAAGUACGAAGGCACCAUCAGCUGGGAGCACCGCGUCGUCGGCCUGGGCCAGGACGAGGACCGGGCCUGGGUCGACGUCGAGACCCCGCAGGGAAGCAAGCGGAUCGAGGCCGACUACGUCGUCGGAUGCGACGGCGCCAACAGCGCCGUCCGGAAGGGGCUCUUCGGGGACGAGUACCCGGGCUUUACGUGGGGCACGCAGAUCGUGGCGACCAACACGUACUACGACUUCGAGGGCAAGUUCGGCUGGCAGGACGCCAACUUCAUCAUCCACCCGGAGCACUUCUUCAUGGCGGCCAAGAUCACGAACGACGGGCUCUACCGCGUGACCUACGGCGAGCAGCCCAACCUCUCGCACGACGAGCUCAGAGCGCGCCUCGAGGACAAGUUCAGGACCAUGCUUCCGGGGCACCCGGGGCCGGGGGAGUACGAGGUCGUCAACUUCGCGCCGUACCGCAUGCACCAGCGCUGCGCGCCGCGGUUCCGGGUCGGCAGGGUGGUGCUGGCGGCGGACGCGGCGCAUCUGUGUAACCCCUGGGGCGGGCUGGGCAUCACGGGCGGGUUCGUGGACGUUGGCGGGUUGUAUGACUGUCUGGCGGGCAUCUGGGACGGGGUUGCGGACGAGGGGAUUUUGGACUUAUACUGCGAGCGGAGGAGGGAAAAGUGGAGGACGGUGAUUGAUCCGAUCUCACAGGAGAACUUCCGGAGAGUGUCGGACUCGGAUCCGGACACGAGAGUGGAGAGGGACGAGUUUAUGCAGAUGUGCCAGCGGGCCCAGAAGGACGAGGGCUUCAUGCGGGAGUUGAUGAAGGGGGGUUUGAAUGUGAGGUAUGACUUUACGCAGCACUACCGGAAAGCGAACGGGCACGGGGUGAACGGUGCUUGA